GGGUCCGAGCUUGUUCAACGCGAUCUGUUCAUAGACGCGUCUCUUUAUCCUCAACGCGCGAUCAUGGGCAACCGCGGUAUUAGCGCUGUAAAUGAUGCGCGCCCGCAAGUACCGGACAACUGGGACGCCUCGCAGAUUCCGUCUCAAAAGGGCAAGACCGUCGUCAUCACGGGAGCCAACUCGGGCAUCGGAUACGAGGCUGCACUCGAGCUCACGCGCAAGGGAGCGCAUGUGGUGUUAGCGUGUCGUAAUGAAGGGCGUGCCAAGGAAGCUGAUAAGAAGCUUCGUGAAGCUCUGGCAUCCACUCAUGAUGCUGUCAGCGUCGAGUUUAUGAUGCUAGAUGUGAGUGACUUAGAAAGCGUCAACAAGUUUGCGGACGAAUUCAAGGCAAGACACAACCGCCUCGACUUGCUGAUCAACAACGCUGGAGUCAUGGCCGUGCCGUACGCCAAGACGGUGGAUGGCUAUGAACGCCAGUUCGCCACGAAUCAUUUGGGCCACUUUGCACUCACAGCUCAGCUUUUCCCGCUGCUUAAGCAGAGCACACCGUCUCGCGUGGUGAAUGUCAGCAGUCUUGCUCACUUGACUGCCAGCCUGGAACACUUUACGUCUGGAUCCCAGAUCAUGCGUGCUAAUGACAAAGGUUACAGUCCCUCUGAGGUGUAUGGAGAGACCAAGCUGAGCAACUUGUUGUUCACAUUCGAGUUGACUCGGCGCCUGAAGGCUCAGAACGUAUCAGGCGUCACUUCUGUAGCAUGCCAUCCGGGAUUUACAGCCACGAAUCUGAUGGCCCCUCCUGCUUCGGAAGGAGGUUGGUUUAGUCGCCUCUUUUGGCGAAUCGGUGGCAUUUUACCGGUUCUCCAAGACGCUCAUACUGGCGCGCUUCCCACUUUGUACGCUGCUACUGGAGCUGAUGUUGAGAGUGGCGACUAUUACGGACCCGGUAAUUACUUCGAGAUCUGGGGCCCACCGAAACGUGUCCAUGCCAAGAAAUCUGCUCACGACAAGAAUGCUGCUCAAAACUUGUGGGAUGAGAGCGAACGUCUCUCUAAGUUCAAGUUCGAUGUGCAGGCAUAGUCGGUAAUCGCGUGUAGGCCAGCAAAAAAGCUGAAAUAACGUUGCUGUACUGGGGUAGCGAAACUGGAUGAACUAUGGAGCUUGGCAUCAGAUUUCGAUUAACUCAUACCAUUCCACUGUUUCUCUUCAGCUCACUUCACUGAAGAGUUUUGGCA